AGCAAUUGGAGAAGAGACGAGUGUUUCGUGCCGCGCAGCAGACUUUCCUAGAGUACCUCCAUGUCACGCGCGGGUUGUGCUUCGGCGACGCCGAGCAUAUAAGCAAGCACUCGCCCAUCUUCGCGAGCAAGCUGCUGGAGAUGGUGAAGGAUGCUAUCAAGGAGCCAGUGGAGGGGGGUGAGGAGAUAGUGUUCAGGUCAAAGGAGAAGAGGAAGGAGAUGAGGGAUCAGAGGGUCAGUAAGGCAUUGGUGCGUCUGUUCCGUUACCACCCUAUCAAUGAAUUUGAGCCGUUCAUGGAGAGCAUAGGCCUCAAGCCGAGCGAGUAUGAUUCCUUGUUGCCUCGGGAUCUCAUGUUUCUUGCGGAUGACGAGACGUUGCUCAAAAACUACCACAUUCUUUGCAAUUAUGGGGUUGGGCGCACUAAGAUGGGGAGGAUAUACAGGGAUGCUGCGGACGUUUUUAGUUUUGGUGAGAAUGUGCUUGUAUCUAAGCUGCAGGCUCUUGAGGAUCUAGGGUUCAGUAAAACCAGUGUGAUAAAACUUGUGAUCUCUAGCCCUCUCAUAUUGGCGUGUGACCCAAGUGCUGAAUUCAAGAUUCUGCAGUGGCUAGAUGACGUUGGCAUUGAGCGAGACUGGAUAGGUCAAUUUUUAUCUGUAAGGAAGUCGUAUAAUUGGAGAAAGAUGGUCGAAGUUCCUCAAUUCUUCAGUGAAUUGGGAUUUAAUAAGGAAGGCUUUGGUAAAUUGAUCAGGAAAAACCCAGAUUUCUUGCUGGAUGGUUCUGGAAAGGUACUGUUUAAAGCAGUUAGCAUCAUGCUAAAAGCAGGGUCUGGAAAACAAGAUUUAUUUAAUCUUUUCCUGGACUUCCCAAAUGUACAAGCCAGGAAUUUCGCACGGAACAUAAUGAGGGGCGUACUGUUGUUAGCUGAGAUUGGUGUAAGUGAGGAGGAUAUUAAGAAGUUUGUAGUUUCAAAUGCGUCAAUGCUUGGUUCUGCCCCAGUGAAGAAGGCAAACAGCAUUCUUACAAAUCUCAGUGUGGGGAAGAAGCGCUUGUGCAAGAUUAUAAUGGAGGAGCCACGUCAAUUGAUGAAAUACACAUUUGGGUCAAAGCUCAGCCGCCUACCGAAAUGCGACAGGAGUAGUGAGACAACAUUGAAUGAGAAGGUGAAAUUUUUGAAAAGCUUAGGAUUUGUCGAAGGCUCUGAUGAUAUGAAGAAGGCACUCAAAGUUUUCCGUGGUAAGGGAGAUGAACUACAAGAUCGGUAUGACUUCUUAGUGAAGACUGGAUUUGAUCCGAAGGAUGUAGUGAACAUGAUCAAGAUAGCUCCACAUGUUUUGAAUCAGAAGAUAAAUGUCCUUGAGUCUAAGAUAUCUUUCCUUGUAAAUGAGACAGUAUAUCCCCUUAGUUCUCUGGUUGGGUUCCCCUCAUUCUUGUCGUUUACUGUAGAGAGAGCCAAAGCUAGGUUUUUGAUGUACAAUUGGUUGCGAGAAAGGGGGUUGGCUACUCCUAAUCUCGCUCUAAGCUCUUUCCUAGCAUCUUCAGACAAAAAAUUUGUGAAGUAUUUUGUAGAAAAGCAUGAAAUGGGCCAUGAUGUUUGGGAGAACUUCAAGAGGGAGGUAGCUUCAACAAAAAAACUCGCAUUGUACUUCAGAUGAUUGGCAUGAUAUUCUUUGUUAAUUGAUAUUUUAACUUA